GGGAGCGGGCCGCCUGCCGCCGCCCUCCCGCUCCCUCCUUCUCCGCUGGACGAAGGUGCAGAGCAUGGAGAAUGAUGAACUUCCGCCAGAGGAUGGGAUGGAUUGGUGUGGGGUUGUACUUGUUAGCAAGUGCUGCAGCUUUUUAUUACGUCUUUGAAAUCAAUGAGACUUACAACAAACUAGCACUGGAGCACAUUCAGCAACACCCCAAGGAACCACAGGAAGGAACCACAUGGAUGCACUCCUUAAAAGUACGACUGCUAUCCUUGCCUUUUUGGCUGUGGACUAUAAUAUUUUUAAUACCAUAUUUACAGAUGUUCUUGUUCCUCUAUUCCUGUACAAGAGCUGACCCCAAAACUGUUGGGUAUUGCAUCAUUCCUAUCUGCUUGGCUGUUAUUUGCAAUCGUCAUCAAACAUUUGUGAAGGCCUCUAAUCAGAUCAGUAGAUUACAACUGAUUGACACUUAGCUCAAUUUCUAGUUUCUGUAGCUGUUUUGAAGCAAUUGCAUAUGCCUGAUCUAAUCACAAGACUGAAGUUCUGAGUGAAGGCUGGAAAGAGCCUUUUCUUUCAAACUGUUAAGCAAUGAAGAGAGUGACUGUUUUCUAUUAAAAAAAAAAAAAAAGUAACUACAAAGGUUUUUAAAUAUGGGUCUAUCAGAAUGGCCAGAGUGGGAGAGCCCUAUGUGACACUUGAUGGAAGUAUUCCUCAUUUUGCCUUAAUGAUGCAAAAUUGCAACACUCCAUCUGAAACGUCCUGUGGGAAAAUAAGUUUCUGGUCCAUGACUUUACUCCUCUGUGCAAAAAAGUGAUUUCCUAUGUUUUCCCUUGAAGUAAAAAUCAAUGAAAAGGUACUACUUUUGUGGUAAAUGUAAAAGGAAGAAAAAUCAGAACAUGACUAUAAAAGCUGCACUUAAUACAAUUCUUUGCUUUUUCUUUUUUUUAAGUAGUAUCUAUAUCAGUGUUUGUUUCUAACAAAGUUUUUUUAAAAAUAAAUUUAGAUAUAAAUAUAGGAAGCAAAGAAUAAAGUUUGUGCACACUUUUAACAGAGCAAAGGUACUUUUUUUUUUUUCCUGUGGUAGCAUACUGUUUUUCAUUGACCACAGAAGUACCAUGUAGUGAUGAGUGGCAUGGGCCUGGAAGUUGUGCUUUAAACUCUUUUCCUACGAUGUUGAAAGCAGCUUAUGCUGUCAUUGUAGUCUGCACAAAACUUUAUUUGCGUUCCCUUCUCCUAUCUGUAGAAAUGUCCUUUGAUAAAAUUACAAGUGAUUGGAAUUUACUACCGUUCUAACUUCACUCUGAACAUGAUGCAAAACCAUGUUCUGGAAGCACCAAUGUUAUUAGGUAAACUUUGAAUUUGGCAAAGUUAACUGGUAUUAGGCUGAGGGGAUGCUACAGACAAGUUGUAAGACAGAUAACCGUUUCUUCCAGAAAUUAGAAGAUACCUUUUUAUUUUUGCAAUGAAUGCAAAUUUCUUCAGUCAUACUGAAAUUCCACUGAGAUUUCUUACCAUAGUUUCAACCUCUAUUUUGGCAUAGCAUUUAAUUCUGACUACUGGAUUGUGUGUUUUGAAUAAUAUUGAACCUGUUCUUUCUUCAUGUCUUUUUUAAUUUCUUUUUAGAAUAACUAAAUUUUUGAGCCAGCCACGAUGAUCAGUAGGCCCAAAACAAUUAUGAACUAAACUCCUCGAUGAUAGUUUCAAUUGUAUGUGAUUGUCAGUACCUAAUCAUAACAAAUGUUAAUCCAUUUCUGACUACUUUAAGGGAAUCCUGGAGAAUAUCAGCUUUUUCUUGCUUUAGAAAGAGAACACUAUUUUCAGUGUUGCUGUGUUUAAGCAUGGCAGUUACAACACCUUAAACUUUCUGUUUGCAUUUGGAGAUGUUUUGAGACACUGGUUUCAGAUGCCAGCAUUGGUGCUAGGACCUGGAAACAAUGUAGCCUUUACGAGAAAGUUUUAAGUUCUAAGUGCAAUAUGAAAAGGAGGGAGCUGCCAUCUUAGUAUGCUGGAGUAGGAAUAAAAGUAUAAACUCUUGAGUUGUAGUAUCUUGGGGAGUCAGAGCUUUUAAGUUGUGUUGUUUCCUAACUUUAAAAAUCACCAUCCUAUUUAUCUAUAAAAUAAAAACUUUUCAAUGUUUGUAAA